AUGCUUGCCGACAAGCUUCGCACACAGCAAGAGCUUGAGCGCCUGCAGGCCAAGUACAUUGGCACCGGACACCCGGACACGACCAGCUGGGAGUGGAAGACGAACAUCCACCGCGACACAUACUCGAGCAUCGUCGGCCACCCCCCGCUGCUUUCGUAUUUUGCCCUCGCCCAGAAUGAACCAGUCGCCAAAGUGCGCGCCGAUAUGAUACGGAAAAUGCUGCAGCCGGCUGGGCCUCCGCCCCCCCGCGAAGACGAUAUGGCGGUGGCUAUUCCACAAACGCGGAACGAUUCGUGA